AAGUCCAAAUGUAAAACAAUAUUAAAGAAAAACAAAACGACAAGAAAAAUUUAAAAACAACACGAAAGCUGUAAUCGUGGUGUUAUUAAUAAUGUCGACGUUAACAGCUGUUAACUGUUAGUUAACAGUUCGUGUACUUUAAUGCGAAUUACGUCUAUUCGAUUGCUUUGGGUAAACAAAAUCUUUCUUCUAUAGCCCACCCACACCUAUUAUCCAGCAAAAGCGAGAGCAAAACAAAAACAAUGAAAGCCGAUCAUAAACUAAUGGUUUUUCUAUUUAUUAUUUCAAUAUUAAAUUUUGCUGCUCAAUAUGCCGCUGCUCAAGCAAAAAACGACAGUUCCCAAAUAUACGUGACCGAGUCUUGUUUGGAGAAACCUUUUCGUUGUCCGCAUCCGAAAAUUCAAUUCUAUUUGUAUACGCGGCGCACCCAAGAUGAGCCCGAAUAUUUGAAUGUUUUGGAUGAUAAUUCUUUAUAUUACACGCACUUCAAUCCUCGCCAUCCCACUAAAAUUAUUAUACAUGGUUUUGGGGGAGGACGGAAUCUAUCCCCCAGUCCCGAUUUGAGGCAAGCGUACUUUACCAUUGGUGAUCAUAACAUAAUCAUAGUCGAUUAUAGCACUGCUGUACGUGAACCGUGCCUUAGUCAAAUGGAGUGGGCCCCACGUUUUGGCGGUUUAUGUAUAUCGCAAUUGAUAAAAUAUUUGGCAAGACAUCCCCGCGGGGUGCAACCCAUUGAUUUACAUUUAAUUGGUUACAGUGUUGGUGCCCAUAUAGCGGGCUUAGUGGCGAAUUAUUUGCGACCCGAUGGCGCAAAAAUGGGACGUAUAACCGCUUUAGAUCCAACAAUUUUCUUUUAUGCGGGAUCUAAUAAUUCAAAAGACUUAGAUCCCAGUGAUGCUAAUUUUGUAGACGUUUUGCACACCGGUGCCGGCAUAUUGGGUCAAUGGCAUACGAGUGGUCAUGCAGAUUUCUACGUGAAUGGAGGUACGAGACAACCAGCUUGCGUAGGUUCGCCGACAUUAUUUCAAACUUUAGCCUGUGAUCACACUAAAGUGACUCCCUAUUUUAUAGAAUCCAUAACCACUAAGAAAGGUUUCUACGCGGGCCCUUGCCCGAAUCUCUUCACUUACCUAAUAGGAUGGUGUGAGCCCAAAGAUUCGGAAUAUGUAUUAAUGGGCGAACACGUCUCACAUAAGGCCAGAGGGACAUACUACGUCACUACUAAUGCAAAACCACCAUAUGCUCGCGGUUUUCCCGGAAAAGCUAGAUCAGCCGGUGAAUACAGAGGGGUGCGCAGAUGAAAUUUGUUCAACUCUUUGGAAAAACAAAAAGAGAACAUAGAGGGAGAGAGAGAGAAAAUUAAUCGAGCAUUUUGUAAAUUAUAAAAAACCGAUUCAGAAUUUAUUUUCUUUAAAUAACUAGAAAAUACUUAUCUACACUUAAGGUAGUGUAUUUAAAAAUUUGUUGAUUCGUUACCAAGUCUUUCGAGAAACACUGAACUGAAAAUUUCCAGGUAGCGAAAAAUUCUUUUCAAUAGUUAACUAAAACAUUGUAAAUUUUGUUUACAUACUUUAAGAAGUGCUGCAUGUACGUGUUGCGAUCAAAGCCCUUCCUUGCGGAAAGUUAAUUGUUUAGUCAAUUGUGAUUGUUGCGGUCAAGUAUAAUGAAAAUAAGGUGCAAAAUAUCGCUGAAACGUAAAGUAACCACGAAAUGUUAUGCUAUAUGUACUGGCUCAUGAGCUUUGAUUGCGAUUAUUCAAAUAAAGGCAAUUUUACAUCGUAAUAGGCAAAACAACUUGAUUAAAUAUUAGGUCUACAAAAAAAUGCUCGACUGUUUUUGAUAAAAUUAAAAUUUAUGAAAAACAAACACACUUGUUAGAAGUCUUGAUAAUCAAAGUAGCUAAGAUCAUUGUCUAUUGCCUCUUGCAAUGAUUGCAUAGCUCAUGGACAUCCUCGCAGUAGAAACCUCUUAGUUCCGAGGUGACUUAGUCAUCAAAUUAUGUUAGCACGUCUUCGAAUUUGUAAGGCUGUUGCUCGGCUAACUAUGAAAGCAUCGAUCUGAACCGAUGGUAAUCAGAAAGAAACGGGGUCUAGAGAAUAAUCUGAAUCCUUUCCCAGCGCAUGUUGAAGAUCGUUGUUUUGGCUGAAGACACACUGACUUAUGCGAAUUGCAUUGUUUGCAAAAUAAAAAUUUUGUACGCGAAAUUUCGUAAACCAAUUUUCAACUAUUUUGUAACCUAACUGCAUUUUCACUCCAGUUGCGUUGUUUUCCAGCUUAAUCCGGUUAAAAGCACAUACGCUACUGGUUAAGAUCCAUCUCUAUACUCUUUGAUGUACACUGAAUGACGAAUAGUAAACCAUUGAAAUCUUCAGCGUGCAAGUACCAAUAUCCAAAGGGGAAUCGAAUCCCACAUAAAAUAGUAAAUGCGAGAUUGAGAAUGUAUUUGUAGACCUAGUAGCAUAAGGGCUAUUUAGUUUUUGUUUGAUGUUAGAAGAUUUGAUCUAAAUUUAAGAUAUUUUAAAAAAUAUCGAGUCCUUUUUUGAAAACUUUUCUUUUUCUAAAAGACAUUUUCUAAAAACGAAUUUUCUAAUUUAUCUGUAGUAAUGCUUUUUAAUCUGUGGUAGAUUUGUAAUAUCAAAAAAUGUUGUGAUUUUAGUUAAUUUUUUAUAUUUAAAAAUUGUAUGUAAAUAUUUAAUAAUUUGAAUGGAACUACUUUUUACUGAAUCGUGAAUAGACCAUUAAGUAAUUACGAAGAAGUUUUUGUUGUUUCAGGAAAUGGUAUUAUUGCGCGUGAUAAUUAUCGGGAAGCGAAAGUGAUCGGUCGGGAAAUCGUCGCCGUCAAUCGGAAACAGGAAAUUAUCAUAGGUGAAGUCGCUGCCGAUAGAUCAGAAAUUCCAGCUAGAAAAAACGUGAAUUAUGUUAUGUACGUUAACAGAGAUAUUUUGAAAAUUGCAAAAAUACGACCUAUUUGCUAAAUAAUAAGGUAGUAGUUUAGUGUUUCAAAUUCUGACUGUCACAAGCUCUGUCAUUGGGAUGUGUUCUUAUAUUCGCUUAUAUAUACAAUAAGCACAUGAACUUUGAGAGUAAAGUUCUAUGAAAUUAGUGAGGUUUUUCUAUCAACCGAAGAUAUAUAUCUUUGCUGCUAUAAAUAUACAAACGGGUGAGGGUCCGAAAUUCACCACAACUAUUCAUUCCCGAACUUCCAAAUGUUCUCUGAAAAACUCACCGCGAUCGGUUAGUCCCCUAUAAAUAAGAAAAUGUUAAGUAAUUAUUAUCCAUGAUUCGGCUUAAGACGCAUGCAACUUUCUUACUUGUUGGAAUAUUAGCAAAGAAAGCAAGACAGAUAUAACUAUUUGCUCUUAAUAAAACGUUCAUUUCAUAACACGUUCAUCAUUUCAGAACUAGUACCAUUCGUCCCUUAAACAAUAAAAAUUUUGCUUAGCUUAG